AUGCGGAUAUCUCAUACGUCAGAGGAAAGGUUAGGGCGAGAUAUGAUGGGCGAGAUAAAUUCACUGAAAUGGUCAGAGAUUGGCGGAGAUUCCCCUCUGAGAUCAGAGAUAGCUCGUAAACAGACACUUUCCGCUACCAUUAUUAGUAGUAUGUAUAAGAGGUACCAAUUAUUUCUGUUCGGUGUCGUAUAUACAAUAGGAACGACAUCUGGGGACUUUGUCUGUCUAAGAACUGGGGUAGGAUGCACGGACGAUGGUAAUAAAUGUGAAGCAAAUGGAACUUGUACAUGUACUACUGGAUCAGGAUAUGAUUGUGGUUUAAAUGCAGAAACUUUAUCAAAUGAAUGUACUGAAAGUUGCCAGAAUGGAGGAUCGUGUUUUAAGAAGGAUUCUACAGUUGGUUGUUACUGUACUACUGAUUAUUAUGGUCCAUUUUGCCAAUUCAAAAGAGUGUCAGUGAAAUGUAAUGAAAGUGGAAUGGUAGUUAAUGUCAAUCCUCAUGGUACUUUCCAAGGAAACAUAUUCGUGUUCGGGCUUCAGAAUAAUGCAUCUUGCAAUUUGGUGAAUAUUCCCGCGAACCAAGUACAGGGUGCUGAUCCGGGCUGGAAAGGCCUUGCCCAAUAUCUCCCUUACAACAAUUCAUGUGGAGAUGCACAAAUAUCUGUAAAUGAUACUAUGGGAGUAUAUGAAUUUAAGAUAGUAACAGCAUACAAUAAAUUAUUGGUAACAAGUUUGGAUGAAUUAAUUACGGCGAAAUGUUUCAUUCAAACCGGUGGCCAGAUUUCUAUUUCUAGCGAUGUUGAAUUAAGCAACUAUGGAAGUGAUUUGAAAUCUACAGGAUCUGUAGAAGAAACAUUUAGUCCAAUAGAAUUCAAAUUGCUUACCAAUAAUACAGAGAAAAAAAGUGUAAAAUUAGGUGACGUUGUCUCCCUUCAAUUUCAGUUGUCUACACAAAGCGAUCUUAAUGCUAUUAGAUUAGAAAGUUGUGUUGCUGAAACCAACCAGGGGAAUUCUUUAUCAUUAGUAUCUAAUGGGUGCAGAACCAAGGAUGCGGAGCAACUGAUUUCUGACGAAGCAUCCGGAGAACCAGAAAGAAGUGGAAAUGAUUCAAUAGUCACUUUCAAAAUAACUGCCUUUAAAUUCAUAAAAUCAAAUCAAGUGAAUUUCAGAUGUAUCGUUAUGGCUUGCAAGGAUGGUGAUACUAAAUGCGAAAAGCAAUGUAUAACAGAUUCGAUAUCAACUCGUCGCAAGCGAGAUACCAUUACUGUGAGGAAACAGGUGAUGCGUUCACUGAUUAUUACUGACGGGACAAAUCUUGAUUCCAGUGUAGACGAAGCUGAUCAAUGCUUAUCAAGAGAACAACUCAACAACUUGUCAUAUAAUGACGAUUCAUCGCCAACCAGUUGUUUCGAGUUAACAGAGGUUUUAGCUGUUAUUGUCACUCUGUCUGUGGUUCUUGUACUGAUUAUGAUAACAGUGACGCUGUUAAGCGUACGUUACAUACGCAACAGACAAUCGAAGGUCGAUAACCUACAUUUUAAAGACGACAGGCCAACGUUUACCAUUCCAAGAGCUUCCGUGGCUACAUAGUGGUAUUUAGUGUUUUAAAAGGUUUUAAAUACUACUCCGGAAUACAACCUCAACUUACACACUGACGUCAUUAAAGACAUAUUUUAUUUAGGGGUUGGUAAAUCAGCAAUUGUCCAAAUCUAAUCUGAAAUCCACCAUACGUCAUGUUUGUGUAAAGUUUAUUUUCCUUUGGACAAGUAUACUAUAGAUUUGAUUAAGAUCUCCCAUAAAAAAAAAAGAUUAUAACUUUGUCCUUGAAAUCCACCAUCUUUGUUUUAAUUUUAUAUCAUGUUUGUAUAGUAAAUUAAGUUCGAUCCUGAAAUCCAGAUCUUUCGAGACCAGAAUAUCACUUUAUCUUUUUAAUCCACCAUCUUUGUGUAAAGUGUAUAUCAUCUUUGUAUAAUAAAUUGGAAGAUCUCCCAUG